AUGACGAUCGAGUUGGUCGUAAAUCUGGAAAAUCAUAAAAGGAGGAUAUGGAGUAUUUGCUGGAGCCCUGAUGGUAAUUUUCUGGCUUCGGUAGGAGCGGAUAAGUAUAUAACUAUAUGGUAUAAAAAGAAUAAUGAUAAAAUAAAAAAAUCAAAUAAUAGUAAUAAAAUUAUUAAAAAAUUGAAUAUAAUGGGGGAAAAGACUCUAAUAAAAUGUAACUUAGAGUUUGAGAUAUAUGAUAUAAUAGAAACGAAUCAUGAAAAGUCAUUGAGACACAUUGAGUUUUCUAAGGAUGGAAGUUUUUUUGUUGUUGCUUCUUUUGAUUCAAAAUGUUCAAUUUACAAGAAAAACAAAAAUGAUAAAUGGACAUUUUACAGAUCGUUAGAAGGGCAUGAAAAGGAAGUAAAAUGUGCUUCAAUUCAUCCAACAAAUAAAUAUAUAGUAACUUGUGGAAGGGAUAAAAGUAUAUGGGUACAUGCAAAAGCAGAUAACCGAAAAAAUAAAAAUAUGACAACAGAUAUUUGUAGCACUAGUAAUAGUAUUGAUGAGAAUAAUAACUUUUUUACAGCUAACGAUACAGUGGAUAAUUCAUUAACAUCCAACGGUGCAAUUGAUAAUCCUCUGACGUUCAGCUGUGUAGCUGAUAAUUCUCUAAUGCCCAUCGGUACAAAUGUUAAUGCACCCAUUGCUAACGACCCUAUUAAUACCACGGACAUGCUACGCGAUGAUGAAAACAAUUUUGAUUUUAAUUUCGAUGCAUAUCUAACUGCUCAUACAGAAGACAUUAAGUUCGUUUCCUGGUGUCCAUUGAGUGAAAAUACAUUUAUAUCCCUUUCAUAUGAUAAUUCCCUAAAAAUUUGGAAUAAAAAAGCAGACGAAUGGAAUUGCAUACAAACGUUAAACGAACAUACUUCUGUUGUUUGGUGUGUUGCUUUUAAUUUUGAUGGAUCAGAAUUUGCUACAUGUUCUGAUGACAAAUCUAUUAGAGUAUGGAGAAGUGAAAAGAAAAAUAUGUACAAUAAACAGAAAUAUCCUUUUCUUUAUCAGCAGAUAGUUAAAAAUGUAAGAAAAAAUUCAAAUCAUAGUUCAUUCAGUUUUGAAAUAGACAAAACGAACACCAAAGGAAGUGAUAUUGAUACAUUUAAUAAGAAAACAAAUAAUAAAAUUAAUAACAACAAAAAAAAUAUAAAAGUAAAAGGCUCGAACGAAAGCAGCAUUCUCAAAAGAACAACUAACCUACUGAACAAGCUAAAAGAGCACACACUCAAAAAGGAAAAUGAUUCAAAUAAUUCAAAUGAUGCAAAUGGUACAAAUGAUAUAAAUGGUACAAUUGAUAUAAAUGGUACAAUUGAUAUAAAUGGUACAAUUGAUAUAAAUGGUACAAAUAAUUUCCACAAUUUUUUAAUUAUAGGAUAUUCAGAAAAUGGGAAAGAUAUACAAACCGUUUUAAAAGUUUUUGUUAAAUAUAAAUUUGUUCCUCUGUAUUUUGAUUAUGGCUUCUUCAAAUUUGUCUACAAGUACUCGCAAAUAGAAAAUGGUCAAAAUGAUAAAAGUCAAAAAUGUAAUGACACACAAAAGGGUAACAGCAAAGGUGAUGAGCCCAAUGAAGCAAACGAUGAUGAUACCAUUUCCAAAGUCUCUAAAAAUGCAGUCACUAAGCAUAACGAGGAAAACAAAAAUAUAAAAGAUGAAAUAAACAGAAAUGACAAAGAUAUAAUAAACGCAAGUAAUUAUUAUAAACUAACUAAAAUAACACAUUUAGAGAACACUAAUAAACAAAACAUUACUGACACUUAUGAAAAACAAGGUAGUCAGGAAAUGUUAUCGCAAAUUGAUUCUUCUUCUUCAAUAAUUGAAAAUAUAUACGAAAAAGAAGAGAAUUUAAAAAAUAUAAAUUUUGAUGAUUGGAAAAUAAAACACGUAUUAGAAGGUUAUCAUAAAAGAAGUAUUAGUUACUUAGACUGGAAUGCAUAUGAAGAUUUGAUUGCAGCAUCUUCUUUUGAUAAUUCUUUAAAAAUAUUUCAGAAAAAUAAUGACAAUUGGAAUUUGAUUGAAAAUAUUGAAAAUGCACAUUUAAGUGAUGUCAAUUGUGUUGUUUGGUGCCCGCAAAAAUUUCAAGAUUAUUUCUUACUAGCCACAGCUGGCGAUGACUGCGUUAUUAAUAUAUGGAAAUAUACAAAGAGGUAA